AUGCCUCCGCGCCGCCGCCCCACCUCCGGCUACCACGGCGUUCGGGCGCAGCCGAGUGGCCGCUUUGACGCGGAAAUCUGUUCCGGUGAGGAGCGGAUUCGCCUCGGCACAUUCGACACGAUGCACGAGGCGGCACGAGCGUACGACGCCGUCGCCUGGCGCCUCGGCCGCUCCCGCCGGACCAUGAACUUUCAUGACGUCUGGACGCGGGAGCAGGCAGAGCAGCUGGCGACGCCGCCGGUUAUCACGCACGAGCAGCAGCGCCGCCGCCGGGAGCUGGAACAUCGGCUACUCAUCGCCGAGCGCGACGGGGCCCCCCGCCUCGAGUGGGCGCGGCAAUUUCCUGAAGAUGUCGCCGCCACCGAAGCAUUCUACGCGCAUAAGGAGGAGAAGGCGGCGGCGAAGGCGAAGAAUAAGGCGAGCCGCGACAAGCGCCGUGCGGAGUCCGCGACGAGGAAGGCGGUGAGGGCAGAGAAGGCGGCGAGGAAGGAGGAGGAGAAGAAAAACGGCGCAGGGCCGUCCACCAUCGUACUCUCCUCCUCGUCCUUCGAGUGGACUUCGACGUCGGUGUCGGAGACGACUCCGAGCUCGCACUCCUCGAACUACGAGUCUACUGCACCACGGCAGAUGUUUGUAGACAAAUAUGAUAUCACACUAGACAACAAAACGGCAGGAAAAGAAGAUAAUCGACCACUCGACCAGAACAACUGA